AUGAUUAUUAUUCUAGAGAAUUUUCCAUGCAUUGUAAUGCAACUUCAAAACAGUUUAAAUUUAAAUUUAUUGUUCCAAAGAACAUUAAAACUGGUAAUGUUAGCACAAUUUCAUUUGAUUCUUUGGGAAGUAAUAGUUAUACAAAAGUUUUGCAUUACCUUCUGCAUAUCAGUUAAGAGUUGCUUAAUCAAAAAGCAGAUGAAUAUAUUGAAAAAAGCUUUUUUUAGAGAUGCAAGUUUAAUUAUUUUACUAUACGAAAAGAAAAAAGAACAGCUACACAUGUUUGAUUUAGUAGAAUGUGCACACUAUUUAGAUAAUACAGAAGCAUUGGAGUAUUUCCUAUCAAUGAAUGUACAAACAUUUUUACCAAACUACACAAUUAAUAAAAAAAUAAAUAUCAUAGAACCAUAUAAUAUCAAUAUCAAUAAUAUCAAUAACAAUAAUAACACAACAUCAGCUUCAUCAUCAUCAUCAUCAUUCAGUUUAAACAAUAGUAAUAAUAAUAAUUAUACAACAACAGUAGCAUUAGCAUUCCGUUUAAAAAAUAGUUAUAGUAACAAUAAUACAACAACAGCAGCACCAGAACCUACAACAUUCAGUUUAAAAAAUAGUAAUAGUAACUAUAAUUUAAAUAGUAGUAUUAGUGAAUAUAUCAAUCUAAAUAAUAACAGUACCAGUUUGGCCCGAAGCGCAAGUUGUAGUAGUAUAAGCAGUUGUAAUAGUAAUGAUAGCAAUGGGAGUAGCAGUAGUAGUGGUUGCAACAAUAAAAACAGUAAUGGCUUUUUAAUUAAUAAUAGUAAUAUAACACUUCCACCAUCAUCAUAUAGAAAUUUAAAUAAAGAAAAAUUUAAUUUAAGAGGAAUUUAA